AGACAUUCUCAGUUCCUACUUGGUGACCUUCCUCCACACUUGACUGUGGAUUCUCUGGGCUCUGUAACACCCCCAAAUUAGUUUCCUAAAAGUGGUGGCACAUGCAGCCAUACACACAGGAAGUCGGUGGUAUUGUCACCAGCACGGCAAUAUCCGUUCUUGCUGCCUCUCUGCUCCCCGGCUGUUCUGAACACAAUCCUUGGCCAGAUCCCUUCAGGCCCACCAUGGCCCCUCAAGACCGCCUCCUGUUUCUGCUUUUGCUCCCAGUGGUUGCCAGUCAGACACCUGCAGGUUCCUGUUCUGGAUGUGGGCCCCUGUCCCUGCCUCUCCUGGCAGGUCUGGUGGCAGCAGAUGCGGUUAUGUCUCUGCUAAUCGUGGGGGUAGUGUUUGCAUGCAUGCGCCCACGCAACAGGCAGGGUCAAGAAGAUAACAGAGUUUACAUCAACAUGCCUGGCAGACGCUGACUCCGAUCUUUGACUUCUGACCCCUUGUGUGUGGCCACCUGGGAACACAUCCCUUUUGAACUGAAAUAAAGCUAUCAAGA